GUCUCUUUCUCCAAGUCCCAACUAAGCCUUCAUCAUGCCUCGCCAUAACGCCAAUAUCGACCGGGUGCCCUCCGGCGGCUUCAACAUCAACGACAACGAACGCAAGGUGUAUAUCGUGCACCGCACUCUGGGCGGUGCUGUCGGCGGGUGGGCCGGCAAAGUUGGCAGGGGCCUCUUCGGCGGCUUUGUGAUACCAAAUAGUGUCCCGGACCUGGCGCACCACUGGGCCGUCAAGGUGGGCGGGUGGUACCAUCAGCUGCAGGCCAAUGACGGCUGGAACUUCUACGAAAACGAUGUGUAUGAUCAGUUCAAGGGCGCCUGGGACGAAUAUGAGGUUGGCUCGACCAACUACAACGAUGUUGCCAUCGUCUCUGCCGCCAUUCAAGCGAUCAACGAGAUGCCCGAGUCGUAUCACGCCAUCAACUGCAACUGCCAGACCUUUGUCUUGCGAACCCUCGACAAGAUCUGCCGCAGCGGUCGCAAGAAGGUCAGAACCUCCUACUCGCCGUUCAAUCCCCAGAUCGGCUUCAUCCCUGGUCAGGAGCAGGAGGAGACGGAGGUGGAGGCCGGAAAGGAGGUUGAGGUGGCCUACAUCGCCGAUGGUGCUGCCCAUUUCGCCCAGCUCGAGAAGGCGCAGGACAUCAUGGAGGAGAACACGCCGACGCUCACCGCCGAGGAGGUCGAGCAGAAGAUCAAGGAGGCCGAGGCGCAGAAUGGGUCUUAGCUAGCGGGUAGUCAUCAUCAUUCCACUUACAUGCCGUAACAACAACGACUGUUCCUGCUUCAAAUACUCCUGGCUUAUCUCGGC